GGGAGCCGAGCCGAGGCUAGGGCCGGGCGGGCGGCGGCGCCAGACCUGGUGGAGCGCUCGGGGGCCCCGGGCGGCGGCGGCGGCGGCGUAGAGGAGGAGGAAGGCGGCGGCGGCCCCGGCGGCUCCCCCCCAGCCGGCGCGCGACCCGGCCCGUCUCGCGAGCUCGCGGCGGCCCCGCGUCCUAGCGCGCCCCCGACCCCGGGCCCCUCCGCCGCCGCCGCCGCCAUGGCCAGGCCGCUGGUGCCCAGCUCGCAGAAGGCGCUGCUGCUCGAGCUUAAGGGGCUACAGGAGGAGCCAGUCGAGGGCUUCCGGGUGACGCUGGUGGACGAAGGCGACCUAUACAACUGGGAGGUGGCCAUCUUCGGGCCCCCCAAUACCUACUACGAAGGUGGCUACUUCAAGGCACGCCUCAAGUUCCCCAUUGACUACCCUUACUCCCCACCGGCCUUUCGGUUCCUGACCAAGAUGUGGCACCCUAACAUCUAUGAGACAGGGGACGUGUGCAUCUCCAUCCUCCACCCCCCAGUCGACGACCCCCAGAGUGGGGAACUGCCCUCGGAACGGUGGAAUCCCACCCAGAAUGUCAGGACCAUCCUCCUGAGCGUGAUCUCUCUCCUCAAUGAGCCCAACACCUUCUCGCCAGCCAACGUGGAUGCCUCGGUGAUGUACAGGAAGUGGAAAGAGAGCAAAGGGAAGGACCGGGAGUACACAGACAUCAUCCGGAAGCAGGUCCUGGGGACCAAGGUGGAUGCAGAGCGUGAUGGUGUGAAGGUGCCCACCACCCUGGCCGAGUACUGCGUGAAGACCAAGGCACCUGCGCCCGACGAGGGCUCGGACCUCUUAUAUGACUACUACUGCGAGGAUGGCGACGGGGAGGAAGCUGACAGCUGCUUUGGGGACGACGAAGACGACUCUGGCAAUGAGGGGUCCUGACAGCGCGUGCUCCGCCAAAAUAAACUUAACAGAGUUUUACCUCACUAGGACUGGACCGAAUGGGCUUCUUAGGUGGCGGACUCUACCUCAUGGGAGGUUUUGUGUUGGUUCCCCAUACCCUUUAAUUGUUUAUUUUAGGUCUUUUUUUCCUUCCCUAUAUUUGUUUUGGGUUUUCCUCUGCUUCAGAUAAGAGGGGCUGCUCCACUGUCCACAUUGAUCCGGGACCUAGGGCCUGGGACAGGCUGUGGCUGCCAUCUCCCCCUUGAGAAGGCAGCAUGGCCCUGACUGCUGCUCGGAUGCCCUGACUUUGGGUACUGGCCACAUCCCAGAGGAGCCACAUGAAGCUACAGAUGGGACCGUAUAGGGGCCAGCUCCCUGCUGCUGUCCCAAGUGUGGGGGCCUGAGGGCCUGAAGGCUGGGCAGCUCCAUGGUCUGGAGCCAGAGACUUGGUGUGUUUCCCAGCUUAUGAGUGGACAGAUUAGCUAUGGCCACCUCUUCUCUCUGCUUUGGUUUGUUUGAAAUCCAAAUAAAACUGCUUUAUGAGAAGACAGAGAACCUCUCCUUGGGAGGGAGAGCAGCCAGGAAGUCCACUUGUGACCAAGUGUUGCCCCCCCCAAACAUCCAUGGUGGGUAGGGGGGCCACAUCCCAGCAGAUCUGUGGGGUCUGAGCAGAAGGAGGCUGGUUUACUUUGCAUGUAUCCCAGAUCGCCACUGGCCUGUGGACUGAUUCUUAUGGCCCAGAAUUCCCCAAAGGUGGAAAUGAGCUCUGGCUGGAGCUCUCAGGUAGACAGUGAUCUUGCCUGCCAAAUCUGGGAUGGGGAUCACUGCAGCCCUUGGGUACAACUGGAAAUUCCAGGAGCAGCUGGACUCAGAUCAAGUGGUACCCUCAGAACCAGAUCUCCUUCUAGCAUUGGGCUCUCCCACCUUUGGGCUUCUGUGUCUGCCCUGGAGGCCUCCAGUUGCCCACAACACAGCCAGUCUCUCUAACCAGAAGGCCAUGGGCACAUUGGGUGGAGGCAGGAUCCAGACAGCCUCUUGGUGGGGCCAGUGCUGAGAUAGCUGCAUGCCCUCUGCCAGCCCUGGCUGCACUACAGCGGAUGCAGCAUUGCCAUCUGGCCACCCGUUAUUGAACACAAAUGAAUUGCCUACAUUUAAAACUUGGAAGAUUGACCGGGCGCAGUGCCUCACAUCUAUAAUCCUAACACUGGGAUGCCAAAGUGGCUGGAUUGCUUGAGCUCAGGAGUUUGAGACCAGCCUAAGCAAGAGCCAGACCCCAACUUGGCGGGGGAAAAAAGAUAAAACUUGGAAGAUUGUGGGCUGGGCACAGUGGCUUGUGCCUAUCAUCCUAGCACUCUGGGAGGCUGAGGUGGGAGAACAGCUUGAGCUCAGGAGUUCAAUGCGAGCCUGUAAUCCCAACUUACUUGAGAGACUGAUAGGAGAGUCACUUGAGCCCUGGAGGCUGAGGCCGCAAAUACUGGUGAUGACGCCACUGCAUUCUAGCCCAGAGACACAAGACUGUCUCAAAAAAAAACUUGUGGUGGGUGCCUGUAGUUCCAGCUACUUGGGAGGCUGAAGCAAGAGAAUUGCUUAAGCCCAAGAGUUUGAAGUCCCAAGAGCUUGAAUUUGCUGUGAGCUAUUAUAGCCAUGGCACUCUACCCGGGGCAACAGCUUGAGACUCUGUCCCAAAAAAAAAUAAA